AUGAGCGAUUCAAACCCUAUGUACGUAUUGGUUUACAUAUGUGGGCAUGUUGUCCAACAACCAAACGGCCCGUCCUACGUCGGUGGUAGGACAAUCCCCUUAUCAAUUGUGAGAGGGAUAACUCUUAAUGACUUGCAAGAGAUGAUUUGGAAUGCAGCGGGUAUGCCGGCAACAAUGAUGAAAAUAACCUACCCAUUCCCAAUUAUGAGCUAUCCUCAUGCAACAUACCAAUACGCCGCAGUUGAUGUCGUGGAUGAUAGUAGCAUCGGAAUGAUGUUUGAUAUAUCUGAUAAAAUCACCGGCUACACCCCCGUUUUGUUCGCAGAAACGAUGGGUGCCAUAGGUAGCCAAGCAAAUGAAAGUGUCGUUCACCAUCGUUCGAGUCAUCGAUCACAACGACAAUCGCAGCCAAAUAUUUCGCAACACCGACGAAAUGACAACACUUUCAUUGAAAACGAGGAGAAUUUGGAAGACGUUGCCGAGGAACCUAUCAUACAUGAGGAAGUACAUGAUGACAUUACAGACAUCGAAGCAUUUGGCAUGCAUAUCAGAGACAUUGAUGAGGCCUCACAGAGCUCGGAGGAAGAUGUUGAUGCAGGAUUAGAGGCCGACGAAGGUGAACAAGACCCAAUAAGGAUGUUCGAAAAGUCAUCCACCAUGAUGACACAAGACACAUGGACCAACCUCGUUGACCCUAGUCCACCAAUGCCAACGAGUAGUCACGCUAGGUGGGACGGGAGGUCUGAGCUUUUCGAGGGACAGAUGUUCUUUUCGAAGCUUGAGGUUAAAAAUACAGUGAAAAAAUAUAGCAUGGACAGAAAUUAUGUGGCAAAGACAGAACAGUCCACAACCCGUUUGUUGGUCUACAAAUGCGCAAACCAAAACCCAUGCUCGUGGCGACUUCGAGCAAUAAGGAAGCCGGAUCAGGAUGUCUGGAAAAUUACGAGAUAUGCAGGACCCCACAGCUGCUUGGCUUUCAAUGUCACCACAGAUCAUCAGAUGCUCGACGCUCGCUACAUUGCAAAUAUGAUUAUGUCAACCGUGGAAGCAUCUCCAAGUACGAAGGUCAAGGCUUUUCAAGCAAUGGUAAAAGAUAAGUGCGACGGUUACUACCCAUCGUAUGCAAAGACAUGGGCUGCAAAGCAAAUGGCUAUAGCAGCCAUUUACGGUGACUGGGAAGACUCAUUUGCUGAAUUCCCUCAAUACCUGGAAGCUAUUAAAGAAAGGAAUCCGGGUACUCAAACCCAUAUCAUAACAAAGGAGACAGGCAGGCCGGGACAUGUUAUAUUUGAUGCUGUGUUUUGGGCUUUCGGACCAGCCAUUGAAGGAUUCAAGCAUUGUCGCCCAGUAAUUAGUGUUGAUGACAGGCACUCAGGUCUUCUUUCAUAUCUCAAAGAUGCUCCACAAUGGAGACUCCCGGCGACAUACCACAGAUACUGCGCCCGCCACUUGGGGGUAAACUACACACGAAGGUACAAUAAAACUGUGGGCGACCAAGUAAAACUAGCAGCCUGUGAAAUACAAGUUCGAAAGUUUGAGAUUGAGCUACAAAAACUUCAAAGGUUUUCCAACGGUGCAGUAAAUAAGGAUCUUGAAGAGCUACCCCUACGUAAGUGGUCCUAUGCACACGAUGGGGGUAGGCGAUACGGAUCGCGUACUACAAACCUAUCUGAGAGCUUUAAUGGGGUCCUCAAGGAAGCCAGACACCUCCCCAUAGUGGCCACAAUUAGGACGACAUUCUAUAAAUGUGUUACGUAUUUCAACAACUAUGCCGUCAAAGCAAGGGAGGGGAUCGAAUCAGGUAAAACAUUUAGCAAAUUCGCAACGGAAAAGUACGAUGAAUGGAGGAUGAGAGCAAGAAGGCACGAAGUGCUUGAGUUUGACAGAGAGACGGGAAUCUACGAGGUGCGAACUCCAAUGAAUCCAACUAGCCCAUAUAAAGGAAAUCACAGGCACACAGUACACUUCAAUGAGCAGACAUGUACUUGCAACAAGAUGCAACAAUGGAGGAUGCCGUGCUCGCAUGUGAUUGCAGUGUGUAAUAGAAUGGCCAUGGACCCUACACGAUUCAUAAGCAAUGUUUGGAGGCUUGACUCAAACAUAGCCAUAUAUAGCUCUGAAACGUUCGUACCGCUGCAUGACAAAUCAUAUUGGCCUCCCUACAAUGGGCCAAUAAUUCAUCCUGAUGAAGAACGUCUUAGGGGUCGAGGACGUCCACAAGUAAAUCGAUUUCGAAAUGAGAUGGAUAUGAUGGACGACUGGCUUGAGGCACAACCAUCACACAAACAGUCUUGUACCUUGUGUGGUGGACAUGGGCAUAACAAGCGAAAAUGUUCAAAGAGGGGAGAAGCGUCAUCUUCGGUACCAAAUAUGUAA